CGCCGCUCUGGGUCCGGUGGUCGCCACCCGAUUGAUUCCCCUCCAUCCAUCCAUUUUACCCCAUCCAUCGGCCCAGGGGAGAGUGCGCCGCCGCCGCCGCCGCCGCCCCAGAGGUCGCCGCUGGAGAAGAGCUUUUUGCAGGUCUGAUGGGGAAAGAACAGGGCGGGAUCCGCCAUCCGGAGCUCCAGAGGAUGCGCGUAACGCUGACCAUUGGCGUGAUCGGCCUGUGCGCCACGGCGUAUAUUCUCGGUGCCUGGCAGGGCACUUCCUCAUCAAAUAUAAAUCUCUCCCCCGCUGUAUACACCAGAACCCAGUGUGACGAUGAUAGCGAUGCCGCUCCGCGCGCCUCGAGCGCCGCCUCAGCUCGGCCUUCAGGCGCCCCUCUUGAUUUCCAAGCCCACCACCAGGUGGUCGGCUUCAACGAGUCGUCGCUAGCGCCGGAGAAGAUCUCGGCGUGCCGGCUCAAGUACAGCGAGUACACCCCUUGCCAUGACCCGAGGAGGGCGAGGAAGUUUCCGAAGGCGAUGAUGCAGUACAGGGAGAGGCACUGCCCCAAGAAGGAGGACCUAUUCCGUUGCCUUAUCCCUGCGCCUCCAAACUACAAGAACCCCUUCAAGUGGCCACAGAGCCGGGACUUCGCGUGGUACGAUAACAUUCCUCACCGGGAGCUGAGUAUCGAAAAGGCUGUCCAGAACUGGAUUCAGGUUGAAGGGGACAGGUUUAGAUUCCCUGGCGGUGGCACGAUGUUCCCGCAUGGUGCUGAUGCUUAUAUUGAUGAUAUCAGUGCCCUCAUACCAUUAACUGACGGCAACAUCAGGACUGCACUUGAUACUGGAUGUGGGGUUGCGAGUUGGGGUGCUUUUCUUCUUAAGAGGGAUAUCAUUACCAUGUCAUUUGCACCAAGGGACUCUCAUGAGGCACAGGUACAGUUCGCGUUAGAGCGUGGAGUGCCCGCCAUGAUUGGAGUGAUGGCAACUUAUAGAAUCCCAUACCCUGCUAGAGCAUUUGACAUGGCUCACUGCUCUAGAUGUUUGAUCCCAUGGAACAAGCUUGAUGGUAUGUAUCUGGUUGAAGUAGACAGAGUUCUUAGACCAGGAGGCUACUGGAUCCUUUCUGGGCCUCCAGUCCACUGGAAGAGGCACUCCAAAGGGUGGCAAAGGACAGAAGAAGACUUGAAGCAAGAGCAAGAUGAAAUUGAGGACUUGGCAAAGCGCCUCUGCUGGAAGAAGGUAGUGGAGAAAGAUGAUCUUGCUAUAUGGCAGAAACCUAUCAACCACAUGGAAUGUGCUAACAGUCGGAAGAUCGAAGAAACUCCACAGAUUUGCAAUAGCAGUGAUGUGGACUCUGCUUGGUACAAGAAGAUGGAGACAUGCAUAUCCCCUCUCCCGGAUGUGAAAAGUGAAGAAGAAGUUGCUGGUGGAGCUCUCGAGAAAUGGCCAGAAAGAGCAUUUGCAGUUCCUCCAAGAAUAACCCAAGGUUCGUUAUCAGGCCUUACCCUUGAGAAGUUCCAGGAGGACAACAAGUUGUGGGCAGAGAGAGUGGAAUACUACAAGAAACUUAUUCCACCACUGGCCAAGGGGCGAUACAGGAAUGUGAUGGACAUGGACGCAGGGAUGGGUGGUUUCGCAGCUGCGCUGAUGAAGUAUCCACUCUGGGUGAUGAACGUAGUGCCUGCAGGCUCUGCUCGCGAUGUGCUCGGUGUUAUCUACGAGCGGGGGUUCAUUGGUACGUACCACGACUGGUGCGAGGCUUUCUCGACGUAUCCGAGGACCUAUGACCUCAUCCAUGCUGAUAAAGUAUUCAGCUUUUAUCUGGACAGGUGUGACAUGAUAUACAUUCUCCUGGAGAUGGACCGGAUUCUGAGGCCUGAAGGAACGGUGAUCUUCCGGGACACGGUGGAGAUGCUGGUCAAGGUACAGGCAAUCACGGAAGGCAUGCGGUGGAAGAGCCAGAUCAUGGAUCAUGAAUCUGGGCCAUUUAACCCUGAGAAGAUCCUUGUGGCUGUCAAGACUUACUGGACCGCGGAGCCAGCUCAGAAGCAGUAGCAGUACAUAUGCCGGCUGGUAUUCUGAACAGAGCCUACCAGUUCUCGUCCUUAUCCUCUCAGCCUUUCUGUUCCGAAGCUCUCUUAGCUUCAGGGUAUGUGUAUAUAGGUGGUGGCAAUCUGAACUACGUAGGUAGUUGGUUCAGUAUUGUCGCGAUAGAUAGACAGACCGGGAUGGUCGACUCUCUGAUUUGGGAGAGUGUUUACUAAUGUUUUUGAGAGGCAUUUUCUCUCUUAUCAGCGUGCCGUACUGCCGUGGGUGGAUUAUUUGA